CAUCUGCUCCUCUGCUCUGCUCUGCCCAUGCCCUGCCCUGCCCCGUUCCAUUGACAGUAGUACUAGCAUACCAAUCAACAGUGUCUCCUCUCCUCUCCUCUCCUCUGCUCCCACUCUCACUGCUCCCAAGUUAUCCCUAAUCCUCCUGUCUCUCUUCAUCUUUGAGCUUUCUCCCCCUGCCCUCUUUUGCAAGAUCUCUCCUUGGUCUUCUCUUUCCCUUUUAGCUCCAACGCAAUCCAAUCCCUCUUUUGUCACGAGCCAAGCAAGCGCCCAAGCCGCCGAGCGCAGCAAAAGCGAGCGAGCGAAGCACCAGCACCAGCAAAAGAGAGCGACGCCGCCUGCGCUGCUUCAAAGCUCGGAUUCCCGUCUAUUUUACCCCCGCACCCCCGCCGACUCACCGGCGCGAGAUCCAUCCGGCAUCCGCAGGUGUCGGCGGCCCGCAACCCCCCCGCGAAAGAUGGCGCCUUUCUGAGCCUCCCCCCGGGGGUUUCUCGUCGUUUCUUGCUUGCCCCCCCUAUCUAAAGCGGCGGCUUCCAGGGAGCUCCUGCCGUCCCCGGCCAAUUCAGCUGAGGUGGCGGCAACUGGGAUCCGGUUUGUGCUCGGGCCUGUCUGACUCUGACCCCGUUGGGGAGCGGUGGUUCUUGGCUAGUUCUUGAGCUGGUUCCGGCGCUUAUUAUCCCUCUUCUUGGAGCUCUUGGAUUAGCUUGGGGGAAAGCAGGUUCUUGCGACCGAGCUGGUGCUUCGGUUCUCGUGGAGGAGUCUUUUUUGAAUUCGGUUGGGGGGAGAUGGGGCUCUCGCGGUCCCUGGAUUGAGCAUUCGGAUUGGAUUUCGGCAUUUCGUGCGGGCUUCCGAGUUCCAAUCCAUGGCGGAUUUGGGGCUGUGGAAGCAGGCGUGGAUGUGGGUGCUGUCCCAGAAGCACAUCCUGGCGUGGGCGCACACGGCGGCGUGCGGCAGCAGGGAGCGCCUCGCCUUCCUGGUCGACCGCCACUGGCCCGCCGUGUCCCGGGCCUGCGCCACCUCCUCGCGCCUCGCGCUCGCCGCGCUGCGGCAAUGGCGCGGGUGUACCGCGCGCGGGGUGCUGGCGGUGGCCAGCCUCGGCCCCGCCGCCGUCUUCGUCAUCCUCUGGAGCUUCUUCGUCUGCAUGACCUCGCCGGCGUGCGCACUCUACGCGCUUCUUAGCCUGGGGGCUGCUGCUGCAGUUGUUCACUAUAUGGGCUAUACACCUGGCCUUUUCAUUGUUGGGCUGUUUGGGAUAUUAAUUAUGUGGAUGUAUGGCUACUUUUGGAUUACAGGAAUGCUUCUAGUUGCUGGAGGUUGUAUGUGCUCUUUGAAACAUGCUCGCUAUGUGAUACCUGUUUUGACUUCAUAUGCUAUUUAUUCUGUGGCUGUUCGUGUUGGGUGGCUUGGAGUCUUCUUGACACUCAACCUUUCUUUCUUGACAAAUGAUCUUCUUAAUAAGUUAGCGCAAGGAUAUGAAGGAAGCACUGAAGAAAGCCAGUUUGAAGACAUCAAGGGUUCUGAUCCAGUGAUGGAUGAGUUUUAUCGUAGUUGUGAAUUCCCACCGGUUCCUGACAGUGAACCUGAGACCGUGUCUUCUGCGAAGCCAUACUGCACAGCACCCGUCCAAGAUGUGUUACAUGUACAAAAAGAGGAACCUCCUAGUAAAGUAGUGAAAUCUGAUUCUAGUUCCUUGGAUGAGAUUAAGAGGAUAAUGGAUGGUUCAAACCAUUAUGAAGUUUUGGGUGUACCUCGUAAUAGAAGCAUUGAUCAAAAGACCUUGAAAAAAGAAUAUCACAGAAUGGUCCUGCUUGUACAUCCUGAUAAAAAUAUGGGAAAUCCAUUGGCUUGUGAAUCAUUCAAAAAACUUCAAUCAGCUUAUGAGGUUCUCUCUGAUUUCACAAAGAAAAACAGCUAUGAUGAACAACUGAGGAAAGAAGAAUCACUGAAAAUGACCCCAAGAUCACGUGUUGUUUCUCAACAGAGUGGUGUAGAGUUUCUCUCAGAAGAGUCCAGGCGGAUACAGUGCACUAAGUGUGGUAAUUUCCAUAUAUGGAUAUGCACCAAGAGAAGCAAAACAAGAGCAAGAUUCUGUCAGGGCUGUGAUCAGUUUCAUCAAGCCAAGGAUGGAGAUGGAUGGGUUGAAACCAGAUUUUCAUCCUCCAUCAAGAUGGAAAUACCACGAGCCUUUGUUUGUGCUGAGAGCAAAAUAUUUGAUGUGUCUGAGUGGGCUACCUGCCAGGGAAUGGAGUGUAAGCCUAACACUCAUGGUCCAACUUUUAUGGUAAACAUGGUUGGCACAGAUAGGAUGCCUCAGAGAUCCUACAGUUCCCGUUAUCCCUUCAGCUUGGACGCAGAGAUGAUCCCUGAAGAUGAAUUUGAGCUAUGGCUUCAGCAGGCAUUGGCAUCAGGCGUAUUCGCUGACAGCCCAAAGCGCAGGAAAAGCUGGAGCCCAUUCAAACUGCCUCAAAAGGGAAUCAAAAGUUGGCGAAGAUCAUCAUGAGGGUGUGGCAUUAUGCAGCAGGAGUCUAGGCAACUAUAGCAUUGGAAAGAAGGCAAUGAUACAGGGCUUCAUGAAUGUAAAUAGACUGACCAACAAUUUGCCUGGAUGGACAACUAAUUUUUGUUCGAAAGCAGAAAGAGGAUGAAAAAGAAACACUUGAACGAAUAGUUAUAACAUGUUACUGUUGAACUUGGUUCUCUCUGCAGCACCCCACGAACCAGUGUGCUAUUCGUCCUGUGAUCAAAAUGCUGGUGGACCUGUGGUGUAUUAAUUUCAGUAGUUUAGGUAUCUGACAUGGAAGAAUGCCGAAACAUCGUUCCUAAGAUGGUUCAGAUAUGAAAGGGAUGUUCAUGUUAAUGAGAAGUAUUUCUGGCACUGUCUUUCUGUAAGAAGAGGGAAGGAAAGAAGGAUGAAAGUGAUGAUACCGGAGACUGGCUGUAAAUACACUAAAUGCUUUCACCUGUGGAAUUACUGCUUGUAACAUUGUAUACACUGAUUAACCCUGUCAAAAACUUCCAUAAUCCAGGUCUGUGCUGUGAUCUGUGACAGCAUGACUUUUCUGGUGAUAAUAGAGGUCCAAUUCUCUACUACUGUUUA